GACGACCAACCGACAGCCAACAACUCAGACCCUCCCUCAUUUCCUCCAGACCCUCAAUCCUCCUCCUCACCUCCUCCAGCAACUCAGACCCUCCCUCAUCUUCCUCCAGACCCUCAAUCCUCCUCCUCACCUCCUCCAACAACUCAGACCCUCCCUCAUCUUCCUCCAGACCCUCAAUCCUCCUCCUCACCUCCUCCAACAACUCAGACCCUCCCUCAUCUUCCUCCAGACCCUCAAUCCUCUUCCUCACCUCCUCCAACAACUCAGACCCUCCCUCAUCUUCCUCCAGACCCUCAAUCCUCUUCCUCACCUCCUCCAACAACUCAGACCCUCCCUCAUCUUCCUCCAGACCCUCAAUCCUCUUCCUCACCUCCUCCAACAACUCAGACCCUCCCUCAUCUUCCUCCAGACCCUCAAUCCUCCUCCUCACCUCCUCCAACAACUCAGACCCUCCCUCACCUUCCUCUAGACCCUCAAUCCUCUUCCUCACCUCCUCCAACAACUCAGACCCUCCCUCAUCUUCCUCCAGACCCUCAAUCCUCUUCCUCACCUCCUCCAACAACUCAGACCCUCCCUCACACUCUCUAGACCCUCCAUAUUCCUCCUCCAUCUAGACCCUCAACCCUCCUCAUCUCCUCUCCCCCCCCUCCUCCUCUCCCCUCCCUCCUCCAUCCUCUCCUCCCCCCCUCCUCCCUCCUCUCCUUCCCCCCCCUCCUCCCUCCUUCCCUCCCCCCCUCCCCUCUGCAGCUCCUCGACCCAGCAGGGCCACAGAGUUAACAACUUUAUUUUUCUCUUUAUUUUUUAUUUUUAUAUUAGUCCUUACUUCAUUAAACGAGUAAAAUAGCACUUGAGACGGGAAGGUCACCGUUAGAGAGGAGACUGAAGAGAGUCCCUGUUGUUGUUGUUGUUGUUGUUUUUCUGUCCUGGUACAAGCGGUUCUGAAAUAUUCAUUAUGGUAUGUUGUUGUUUUUUUUGCUUUAUCCUCAAUAUCUUUAUCAGUUGGCUGGAUGUAUUGAGAUUUAUGUAAUUACAGAAAUUAACUUUUAUUACUGAUAAUGUUGACUAUUAGUUAUGGGAGGUGUUUUAUCUGUUUAUAGUGUCAUGCGAAUCAUUUGACGGGCGAUUUGGUAACGUGCCCUUUUGUUUGGGGGGGGGGGUUAGGGGGAUUAUCCACAUGGGGCAAAGGCGUGCAAAGUUUUACACCAUCGUGAUUCUGUCGUCAUGUUUUUGUCCUUGGACUGUACUUUUGUGCUGAAAUACUGUAACUGGAUCUCUGCAGCUAGCUGGUGGUUUUUAAUUUAAAAGAGAAAUGGGAGAUUUCACACUCGAUUCGUCCAUCGCUUCUCGAACCGAGAGCCCUAAAAUAAUAAAAAGAAGAUUGUCAGUGCUUGCAUGAGUUAACACUUUCUGUUCUUCACUAAAAAAGCGCCUCUGGUUUCGGAGGUUUUUCUUUCUUUGUUUUCUUCUCGUUUUGCUUCAUUGUGUGUAAACUUGGAGCUGAUUUGUACUACUGGAGAUCUGACUGGAGCCGCAGACAGGGAAUCUGUACGUUCUGACUGAAACACAGCAUGGAAUUAACAUUAAACGAUCUAAAUUAAACAUUA